CGUCCUCUACCCUCCACCUCUUAACAACGCAGUUCCAAGCACGAAUAAACGAAAAGAGAAACAAAUAAAAAGAAAAUCGCAAAACAUAGCACUAAAAAUACAUGCUACGAUUGAGUCAUAUAGACACACCACCAGUGAAGGAAGCAUCGAAAAGAGUGCGUGCGACGUCUGUGUGUUGCCUCGGCUGCUGUGUGUUUUUAUUAGCGCAAGUUCCUUAAAAGGGGUAAAUUUUGCGGAUCUGCCGUCGAUUGGAGAGGCACAGUUUUCGUUGAGCAAGUAUAACACAUUCCACCGGAAGGUGAAACGGCCAACGCCAAAGGCAACGAAUUUGCACAACCUCCGACAAUAAGCGUCAUCGAGUGCGAAACACACCAGUCUGAGGAUCGCCCAAGCUGCCACCGAACGCAGAGAGUAACGCAGCUGCACUUGUGAGGAUUUUAACACACAAAGCUUCCUUUCAUAAUACAUUCUGACCACUACUUAAGAAAUUAAUCGCUGAUCGGCGUCACAUAGCUACCGUGGCCUCAAUUAUGAUGACUAAAGAUGGACCACCACCGUACGGGUUCGUGCCGCCACAAUCGGCACCACCGAGCUAUGCGCAAGCCGUAGGAGGUGUUCCUCCGUCGAGCCCGUUCACACCGCAGCAACCGGUACUGACCGGAGCACAGAUCGUUACCACGGUCGUGCCGAUCGGGCCCCAGUCGACACACAUGAUAUGCCCCAGUUGCCAUGCAGAAGUGAAUACUAAGACGACAACAUCGCCAGGAAUGAUUGCCUAUGUGUCCGGGUUUCUGAUCGCAUUAUUCGGAUGCUGGUUAGGAUGCUGCCUAAUACCUUGCUGCAUUGACGAAUGUAUGGAUGUACAUCAUACGUGCCCACACUGUAAAGCAUAUUUGGGACGGCACAGGCGAUAAACCUGCGCGACAGCUAUAACAGAACUUACCCCGUCUGUGUGGGUGUGUAACAGAUGGUCUGAUAAUUGUUUGGCCUAUGAUAGUAAAACACAUAUUUGGCUAACUUUUGCUUUCUCUAUGCAAAAUAUAUCGAUUCAAGAUAUACCAAUUAAAGUGAUUUUAUUUUGGUCAUUGGUUCUCACUGAUCUGUGACCCAACAACUCUUUGUUUUUGGUCCAAUGUGAGCUCGCAUAGAGCUUUCUCAUAUCCAAAUAUUUGUGAACGAUAUAAGCAAAAUAUUAUUUUGAUAUCUUUCUGGAUCAACUUCACUUAACGGUUGUUUUUCAUUAAUUUGUGGAUUUUUUAUGUUUUCGUCGGUAUCUUAUCUUCUAGUAGUACUAUCUAUGUGAUAGGCCGAACAAUAAUCAGCCCACCUGUUAGUUCAAUCCAUCGAUAAAUGUCGAAGGACAUUGCACUGCCCACACGGAAGUAAACAAUGAACGAACGAAGAGAAAUUGUAUCGUAUGUGUGUGCUUAACAAUUCCAAAUCCAAUAUGCUUCAAAGGAGACUAUCGACUACUUGUGUUCUUGAAACUUGAGCUACUCUAUCAUCACUACCCAGUACUACGUGCAUGACGAAUUAGCACCGAUCUUCAGCGUUAGGGCAAAUGUAGGGCUAAUUGGGGUGUCGAAUUGAUUUUAGCAGCGGGCGGUGAAAUUACAUAAACGCGAUAAAAUCCAAAAAUCAAAAUUUUAUCGAUGCACUUCGAAUUCUCACAUUAAUAAUAUGUGUGUGUGUAACGAAAAGCUUAGAAUGUGGUUAACAUUAGCAUUGUAUGCAUACUAAAUUCUUCGUUAUUAUUCAUCAUUAUUACUACCGUUAUCAUUAAUUAUUAUGCACGACUUAACUUUACUGUAGUUCUCCACUUUUUGUUAAUGCUUCCGUUUGAUUCAAACGACAAAAAAAGCGUUACAAAUCGUGUAAGUGGUUUGGUAAAUGGUUAUUGUUUACAGUUAUCGUUCUGCUUUGUACCGGGGAGUAAUUGAUCGUGUUGCGUGCAUCUAUUUUCUAUAUUAACACACAAUGUUCGGAAACAAGAGUUGGUUUAUGCUCUCGCCAAGGGUAUGUGCCAUGAGCGUUGGCCAUCGUUUUGAUUGCGAGGAUGAUAUUUUACGAAGGAUUGCUUUAAUGUUGAUCUGAGUUGAAUCCUCCCGUAUACAUUUUAUAAAACGCUAGGUCAAAUUCAUCUAAUAAAUAAACCGAAAUGAUAUUCAUGUAAUAAAUAUAGUCAGCGUAAAGUUUUAAUUUAA